AAAUUCAAAGUUAGUUUUAGGUAAACCAGGAUAGUAUCCAUAACUUCACGUUGAACUAUUUCAAAUCAGUUUUAUUGAGAGAUAGUAAUUUUUUUAUUGGUUCGAGCAAUAUGUGAAAUUAUUUUGAACAUAUUAUUUUAGUUCUUUCCGCAGAUGCAGAUUUUUAAUAGCACCCACAAAUAGCACAAAGCAAACUGUUGAACUAGAUUACAUGUGGAAAAGACUGAUCGAGAAAUGAUAAAAAUGCCGCUAACAGCAAGUGAAACAUUGAGGGCUUGGUUACUUUCUGCUUUAGUUGUACACAGUGCAGUGGCCGGAAAUCCAGAUGCCAAAAGAUUAUACGAUGAUCUACUCAGUAAUUACAACAAGUUAGUACGUCCUGUAGUAAACACUUCAGACGUUUUACGAGUAUGCAUUAAACUGAAAUUAUCACAACUUAUCGACGUGAACCUCAAAAACCAAAUAAUGACCACUAAUCUUUGGGUAGAACAAUCCUGGUACGACUACAAACUGCGUUGGGAACCGAAAGAGUAUGGAGGUGUACAAAUGUUACAUGUGCCAUCAGAUCAUAUUUGGCGUCCGGAUAUAGUGUUGUACAAUAAUGCGGACGGUAAUUUCGAAGUGACACUAGCUACAAAAGCCACAAUAUAUUCGGAAGGUUUAGUUGAGUGGAAACCUCCUGCCAUAUACAAAUCAUCAUGUGAAAUUGACGUAGAGUAUUUUCCAUUUGAUGAACAAACAUGCGUAUUGAAAUUUGGAAGUUGGACAUAUGAUGGUUUUAAGGUUGAUUUAAGGCAUAUGGAUGAGCAAUCUGGGAGUAACAUUGUAGAUGUUGGUGUUGAUUUGUCGGAGUUCUAUAUGUCGGUGGAAUGGGACAUUCUUGAAGUACCGGCAGUACGAAAUGAAAAAUUUUACACGUGUUGCGAUGAACCAUAUCUAGAUAUUACAUUCAACAUAACAAUGAGACGGAAAACACUCUUCUAUACAGUGAACAUUAUUAUACCGUGUAUGGGUAUAUCGUUUCUGACAGUGUUGACGUUUUACUUACCAUCUGAUAGUGGAGAGAAGGUCACUUUAUCAAUUUCAAUAUUGAUUAGUCUUCAUGUGUUCUUCCUUUUGGUAGUUGAAAUCAUCCCUCCAACAUCUUUGGUGGUACCUUUAUUAGGAAAAUAUUUGAUUUUUGCCAUGAUUCUUGUUUCUAUUAGUAUAUGUGUCACCGUAGUUGUAUUGAACGUUCAUUUUCGAUCUCCUCAAACUCAUCGUAUGGCGCCUUGGGUGAAAACAUUCUUUAUAGACUUUCUUCCACGCUUCCUCUUCAUGAAACGCCCAACCUACAUUGAGAAUCAUAGAAAGUUGUUAUCCAAAGAUCCACAUGCUUGCUUUUAUCCUUAUUAUUCAACAAGCACAUUAAACCGCAUAGCUCGUUUUGACAAUAGGACAUCAUCAAAAGAUGAUCUAUCUCCAUCAAGAAGUAAUUUUCAAUUACAUAGUCUGUCAGGCACGGGACCAUUCGGAGGAAGUUGUCAGAUACACGGACCAUUGCAAGUAGCGCAUUCUGAAUCAGAAGAUAUGUCUCUGUCGACAGCAGCUGACACAGCAGUUCCGUCCGGGAUCAAAAGUCCAGUGUUUAAGCAACCUCCAUUUUCACACUCUAGCUGUCCUAUCGAGGUUCACAGGAGCUGUUUUUGUGUACGAUUCAUUGCAGAACAUACAAAAAUGUUGGAGGAUUCAACAAAGGUCAAAGAGGACUGGAAAUACGUUGCCAUGGUGCUGGAUCGUCUGUUUCUAUGGAUAUUCACUUUAGCUGUUUUAGCUGGCACUGCUGGAAUAAUUCUACAGGCUCCAACAUUAUACGAUGAUCGGAUACCGAUUGACAAAACGUUCGACGAACUAGCAACAACGACAAUUGUUCGUUGCCCUCCACAGUAGCAAUAUAAGUUUUGAUAAAAAGUGUUUAUCUAUUGUUUACACGCAUUGUUAAAUUAAUUAAUUAUAAUUUAAGAAAAAUGAGAAUCCAUUCCAUUUUUACAUACGUUACUGAUUGGGAAUAAUAUGGCUGUAUAGGUAUUUAUCAUUGAGUUAACAAUUUGCAAUAUAGGGUAACGGUACCACCAUUCAUCUCA